AUGGCCCUCAGGGGGGCCCUCGGGACAUUCAGGCCUCCUAAACAAUCUUACUGGGACCCGCAGGGGCACGCAGAGGGUUUGCAUGCGGCGGGAUGGGAAACCCUAAAGGCCGACCUUCACGAGGCUUUUCAAAUCCUUUUCGACAGAGAAGUUCUUUUGCCUCCAUCUUUGGCUAAUUUACAACUAGACGUCCCAGGGGGCCCCCCUGGGGCCCCCGAGGCCCCCCAGGGGGCCCCCCUGGGGCCCCCCCAGGGGGCCCCUCCGGGGCCCCCCCAGGGGGCCCCUCCGGGGGCCCCCCAGGGGGCCCCCCCGGGGGCCCUUCCGGGGGCCCCUCCGGGGGCUGCCCAGGGGGCCCCCCUGGGGGCCCCUCUGGAGACCGCGCUGGGGGCCCCUCUGGGGGCCUCCUUGGGGGCCCCUCUGGGGGCCCCCGUGGGGGCCCCCCUGGGGGCCCCCUUGGGGGCCCCUUGUGGGGAGGGUUUGGGGGCCCCCUGGGGCCGUCGGUGUCGCCCACCCGGAGUUGAUUUUUGGCACUUCGCCUUGAUGCCCCGCAGCGCCGAGGCGGUGGACUUGAACAAAUUGUUUCUCCUUGUGGGGCCCAUUCGCUUUCUGGAAAUGCUGCACAUUUUGCUGCCUCCCCAGCAGCAGCAGCAGCAGCAGCAGCAGCAGCAGGAGCAGCAGCAGCAGCGGCUGCUGCUGCUGCAGCAGCUGCCCUCCCGGCUAAACCCCCACUGCCUGGGGGCCCUCCUGCGGCAGCUUUGUGAGGCCCAGGGGGCCCCCGUCUUUGAGGCCCCUCUUCUUUUUGCUGCUUGCUGGGCAGCACAAAACCCUUCAGCGGUACGGAAGCAGCAGCAGCAGCAGCAGCAAGAGCAGCAGCAGCAAGAGCAGCAAGAGCAGCAAGAGCAGCAACAGCAGCAAGAGCAGCAGCAGCAACAGGAGCAGCAACAGCAGCAGGAGCAGCAACAGCAACAGGAGCAGCAAUAG